AUGGUUUCGGAUGAACAGGUCAGAGGAGAUGGUGCUGUCAAUAUGCCAUGGGUGGAAAAGUAUCGUCCAGCUUCCCUCACCGAACUCAUUGCUCAUGAAGAAAUUAUUGAUACGCUUAUGAAAUUGAUCAAUGAAAACCGAUUACCACAUUUGUUGUUUUAUGGUCCUCCUGGGACAGGGAAAACGAGUACCAUAUUGGCCGCUGCAAGAAUGAUGUAUACGCCGAAGCAGUUACCAUCGAUGGUUUUGGAGCUAAACGCAUCCGAUGAUCGAGGUAUUGGGAUUAUUCGAGAACAGGUCAUUAAUUUUUCCCAAACGAGCACUUUAAAUAUAGACAAGAAUCAAAAGAGUGCACCGAAAUUGGUCGUCCUGGAUGAAGCCGAUGCUAUGACGAAGGAUGCACAGAGUGCUUUAAGACGUGUAAUUGAGAAAUUCACAGACAAUGUUCGAUUCUGUAUUAUAUGUAAUUAUUUGUCGAAAAUCAUUCCGGCAAUUCAGUCGCGGUGCACGCGUCUACGUUUCGCCCCACUUUCAAACGAGCAAAUAGUACCACGGUUGCAUCAUAUUGUUCAAGCGGAAUCAUUGACUGUAACGGAAGACGGUCAGAAAGCGUUGUUAAAUUUGGCUGAAGGAGACAUGAGACGGGUUAUCAACAUUUUGCAGAGCACAGCAAUGGCUUUUAAAACGGUUGAUGAGCGGAAUGUUUAUCAAUGCGUGGGUUAUCCCCUGCCAACCGAUGUUGAGAAAAUUGUGAGAAUACUAUUAAACGACUCAAUAGAAGAUGCUUACACGAAAAUAGAAGAAAUUCGAAGUGAGCGUGCAUUUGCACUCAGUGAUAUAUUGAACUCAAUGCAUGAUUUUAUAUUCCGUCUCAUUAUACCACCAGAAUUAUUGAGCCGACUGAUGAUUUCUAUGGCGGAUAUCGAGUAUCAUCUGUCGCAGGGUUGUUCAGAUCGAUUACAGCUUGGGGCUUUAAUUGGUGCUUUUAUCAGGGCUCGCAGUGAACUGGCAAAACUUGCUCCUGGUUUUGAAACUCAGACAUUGAUAAUCUGA